CAAAAGGGAAAAACUGUAGAAUAUGUAAGGGUAUAUUUGGCAGAAGAAGAAGAAAAAGAAGAACAGGGAAGCAGAAGGGGCAGAGAAGAUCGGCGUGAGAGAGUGAGGCUGAGAGAAGGAGAGAGAGGAAACUGAUUUUGGGUGCUAGGGAUGCUCUCAAAACGCAGCGUUUCAGGUUAGGAUUUUUAUCUUUAUUUGUUUUCCCCUCUCCUCGCCGUGUCCGAUUAUUAAAAAAAAGGGAACGACACGCGUACGACACGGGCACGGCAGGCAAAUUGCCGUGUGACUCCGUGCUUUCUCUGUGGCACACAGUCUCCUCAAUCCCCUCUUCUCUGUGGAUUCCUAAGGCAGCCUAGGAUUUUGAUAGCUGGUGUGUAAUAAUAUUAUUGUUUCAAUGGAUCCCAGAUACAUGGGGGAGAUAUUGAAGCAUUUGGAGAAGCAGAAUGAGCUCCUAAUGGAUUCCUAUAGAUCAAUGACACAUGAAUCGCACAAACUUCAGGUAGAAGAAGAAAUGCUGAUGCGCAAGUUUUUCGAAAUAAUGACAGCUCAUGGUUUAACGAAAAAGAGUGAAGACAGAAGUAAUGUUCCUGAUGAUGCCAAAAAUGGAGACUCUACUGCAAUAGUCAUUGCACAGAGUGAAGACAGAAGUAAUGUUCCUGAUGAUGCCGAGAAUGGAGACUCUAAUGCAAUACUCAUUGCACAGAGUGAAGACAGAAGUAAUGUUUCUGAUGAUGCCAAGAAUGGGGACUCUACUGCAGUAGUCAUUGCAACUUGCAAAGAACAACAGUGAGGACAUAAAGUUGGAGUAUCCCAAUUUUGAAUUUCUGUAACAUUGUUUUUAUAAUGCUCAGCUUAACUUUUGUUUGUAGUGAAAGAAUUGUUUAGCCAAAAAAAAAAAAAAAGUGUAAAAGAA